AUGAAAAUCUUUUUGCUUAUUUCUUCGCUACUUUUGCUGCAAACAUUGGAUUGUAUUGAAAUUCGACUAACCCGGCUCCCGGAUUCGCUACAUGACCGCAACGCAUACGUUGGAGAAGUGUCGGUUGGUAAGCCGGGUCAGGAUUUCAACGUUGAAUUUGACCUGCAAUCCUCCGAUUUGUGGGUGCCGGACUGCGAUUUUGAGGCGGAUCAUGAUGAGAUAAACAAAACGAACAUCUGUAAGUACAGCAAAGCUUAUUAUUUCAAUACUUUGCCCACAAAUUUCGAUAAAUUACAGAAAGGUUUCGCUUUUAAACUUUCAUAAAAAACGUAGUAAAAACACUAAAUUCUGGAUAUUUUGUAGCCAAAUUUUGUGAACAGCGAUAAAGCUCAAGAAAUUCUAGUGCGUUUUACCGGCUCUGGAUAUAUUUUCAGCUGAAACUGAGGUGGAAGCAAAGAUGUGCGCCAACAAGAACACGUUUGACACAAAAUCUUCGGAGACUUAUAUAAAAGGUAAUAAAACUUGGUUUAACCGUUGUCCUCACCUAUUGGCGAAAGGAAUCGCCAAAUCGUCGAGCCCACUUUGUUUUCGUCCACUUCAGGUUCCGGCCCAAAUGUUUUUCGCUUCUUGUGCAGCGUUGUAGUUACUUACACAGCCCACGACACCUUUCGACCCGGCCCGCAUUACAAGCGGAGUCCGGCGGCCAAAAACUUCAAGUUCGCUAUAGCCAAUCGGUUUCCGCCUUGCUAUCCGUCCAUGAAAUAUGACGGAGUCUUUGGGCUGUGGCCGAAAUCCGCCAUCAAAGGGGGUGUUCCAAUCCCACAACUGUGGGAUCGGGGUGUCAUAACGGAGCCAAUGAUCACAAUCUUCUUGCUAAUGCCCAACAAAAACAACCUGUUUGACGGCUUGAUUACGUUGGGAGCGCUUGAUAAGAGGCGUUGCGAGAGGCCGACGGAAUUCGUGAAGGUGGACAUGGAUGAGGGCUGGGUGUUCUCAGCACCCACUUUUGCCAUAGACGGUCAUACGAUGCAGAGGUCCUUAAGUUUAACUGUAAGUUUGUUUUUAUGCGAGAAUUUUAUCGAUCAAAGGAAUCCUUGAAUCGUUUAGCCCUUUCGAAUCAAAUACAGUGGGGAACACAAUCCAGAGGGAAGAACAACAACAUUUUGCAUCCGGGAAGUAUCAAAAAUGUGGCAAAAUGCCUCCCUCUUCAAGUGAAAAAACUCUGAUUUCAAAAGCGCGCCCGCUUUUUUGUGAGGGAAAGGGCGCGGCUUAUAAAGUCAAGUUUUUUUCACUUGGAGAGGGAAGCAUUUUCCCACAUUUUUGAUGCUUCCCGGAUGCAAAAUGAUACGUUUUUUGCCACUGGAUCGGGUCCCCCACUGGGCCUUGUGGAAAUCGCCGGGCCAGUUUUUAAAGGCUUAUUAACAGGAAGCGUUUUUUGAAAACAAACUCCCAUAGGGCCCAACUCAGCGCCAGUGUUUUUAUCCUCAAAUUUCCAGGCCACAAUCGACCAGUCGACCGACUUUUUCUAUGUUCCUGAGGAAAUUCUCACCUUUAUUGUUAAUGCCGUAGGACAGCAUGGAAAGGACCCCGAAACUGGCCUUUAUAUCGUGAACAAAAAGUCAAUUCAGAUCACAUUUUCGUCGACCCAUUUUACAGUCAGUAUCGACAGCAGCGAGCUACUUGAUCCAUAUCCCAAGAACGCGAUUUAUCGACUGCUCCGAGUAAGGGUCACUGGACCAGCGGCGACGACGAGCUUCGUCUUCGGAACUCCGUUCUUCUCGAAACACUGUGUUGUCCUGAAUUAUGAGGGACGGAUGGCAUUUCCCAAGAAGAUUGGGGUGCAAUAA